GACAAACAACUCAUUGGUAUUGCAUUGUAUUACCCGAGGUACUCGCCCUGGACUGGGAGGGGGGUCUGGUUGGAGGACCUGUAUGUCACACCAGAAUAUCGGGGCACUGGUGUGGGAGUGGCUCUAAUGGCACGGGUGGCUAAACAGACAGUUUUGGAGGGCAGUAAUCGACUCGAAUGGUGGUGUUUGGCGUGGAAUGAAAAAUCCAUUUCCUUUUACAAGAAGUUGGGCGCCAUUGAUAUGUCGGACACUGAUCUCAAGAGUAAUGAAUUCAGACUCGAUGGCAACCAAUUGAGACAAAUGGCUGACAAAUGCCCAAUGCAAACCCAGAGACCAAUGUUCACUAUAAGGGAAGGCCGUCGAGAGGACUGCCAACAAAUGGCACUAUUGUUGACAGAGUUGGCUGCAUAUGAGAGACAAUCACCGGAUCAAGUGGUCGGACACAAGCAGUUAGAAGCCGAAGGAUUCGGUGACCCAACGGACCGACAGUUCCGCACAUUUGUCGCACAUCUCGACGAUAACGACAAACAA